CAACAGGCCAUCUGCCAAGCCCGACAAAAGUUCGCGCGGACUUGCAAUCUUGAACACGCUUCUUGCUCCGACUAAGCAACCACAUCCAAAAUGAUUGUACGGAAGUUGUGUAUGCGGCAGAGCCGCCAACUACUGGCCCUGAACCGCCAGGCUCCGGCCUACACUCGAUUCCUCUCCACAGAGACACCAGUUGACACGGCGGUGCAAGCACCGGAGUCAAUCGCUUCUGCAGAGAACCCUCUUCACGAAGUCGUCCACGCAUCAAGGAAUAACGCACAACUCAAUCCCCGACAGCAAUGGGGUGAGCUGGAGAAGCGGAGGCACAAAUUCAACAACCUCGGCUCCGCCGUGCAAGAAUCCUAUGACCCCGAAAAUAUCAUCCGCAAUCCCCCCAAGCCCUCCGACGUCACCCUCGAGAUGCUCCUCGCUGCCGGCACACACCUGGGCCACUCGACCUCGCGCUGGAACCCGCAGAACUCCCGGUACAUCUUCGGUAUCCGCGAAGGUGUGCACAUAAUAUCCCUAGACGUUACGGCAGCCUACCUUCGUCGCGCGGCGAAGGUUGUCGAGGAAGUCGCCGCUCGUGGCGGUAUCAUCCUCUUCGCCGGUACCCGCAAGGGCCAGAAGCGCGCUGUCGUGCGAGCCGCCGAGCUAGCCAAGGGCUACCACAUCUUUGAGCGGUGGAUCCCCGGCUCGCUGACGAACGGACAGCAGAUUCUGGGCCACUGUGAGACCAAGGUCGUUAACGCCAUGGAUGAGGAGUUACCCGAGUUCAAGGCCGAUUUGGCGGAUCGUCCGUCCGUGAAGCCGGAUUUGGUGGUUGUGCUGAACCCAUUGGAGAAUGUGGUUCUGCUGCAUGAGUGCGGAUUGAAUAAUGUGCCUACUAUUGGUGUUAUUGAUACCGAUGCUGAUCCCACCCGUGUCACCUACCCGAUUCCUGCCAACGAUGAUACGCUCCGAGGAACUUGCUUGAUUGCUGGGAUUUUGGGACGCGCUGGUGAGGCUGGUCAGAAGAGGCGUUUGGAGAUGGCUGCCCAGGGGAAGACGGACUAUGAGCCUAUUACGGCGCGCCAGUUGCGUUUGGAUCCGCUUACGGGUCUGGCACCGCCUGGUUCAGAGUUGGAUAAGGCGAAGCAGGCUUGAGCUUAGAGGCUUUGGUCUAUCUUGGUGGGUUUUUGUGUGGAGAUGAGCGCCGGGUUCCUGGCCUUGUAUUGUAUAGAUGAUUCCUCGCCUCGUGGGCGUUAGCACAUCAUGUAUUAACAAGUCAUAUUUCUUUUGCUGUUUUAAUUUCUUGCAUGUUUCAUUGAUUGGGUCUAAAAUAUUACAAUUCUCAUUUCA